ACAGGGCAUAUGUAUUUACCGCCAACCUUAAUUGGUGAUUUUUAACCUCGUCCCAUUUAACAAUUUGUAUUCGUUUUGGCAGAGUCAAAAUGGCCUCCGAAAUAUUUUUUGGAAAGAAUUGAAAGAUUCUGUAGGCAGCCUAUUCCUUUCCAAAAGGCUACAACUGCAACCGAAGGCGUCAGUGAAGAUGGGUGCUGGUAGGGGGGAUAAGGGGAAAGGCCCAGCCUAUGGUGUUGUGAAAUAUUUGUUCAUUGGUUUCAAUAUUUUAAUUUGGCUGCUAGGUUUUGGAGUUCUAACAGUUGGAGUAUGGAUGCAUCUGAACCGGGCCCCCCACUCAAGCCUGCUUCCCAACACGUCGUUCCUAGCCGCCACAGUUGUGACCAUCUGUGCUGGAGCUUUGCUCUUUAUUGUGGGGUUCUGCGGCUGCUGCGGUGCCAUUCUUGAAUCUCAGUGCAUGCUGAUAACUUAUUUCACAUUUGUGCUGGUUAUAUUUGGACUGGAAAUGGCUGCUACAGCAUGGUGCCUUACUCACAAAAAAGAGAUUGAGCGCCAGUUGCAUGAGGAGGUUCUGCUCAGUCUUCACAGGGAUUAUGACCCCCAACUGGCAGGGUCUGCGGAGGGAGGGGUGGUAGCCAUAGUGGACAGUAUUCAGACUGAUCUGAAGUGUUGUGGCGUAGACAACCAUACAGACUGGUAUAGCCUACCUGCUUGGAAGGGUAAAAACAAUGUGCCAUCAUCGUGUUGUGUUCAGGAGUAUGAUGGGUGUGGUGACGCGGGGAGCAACGCUGACAUUUACACCAGGGGCUGUCUUGGUGAAGUGAAGUACUGGUUGAUGAGGAACAUGUACAGCCUAGGAAUGCUGGCUCUGGGGAUGGCUGUCUUGCAGAUUCUAACGAUGACUGCUGCAGUUGCGAUGUUUUGUUGUCUCAGGAAGAACCAAUCCAUCCUGUGAUACAUAUACCCUAAGCUCAACAACUAUUUCAACCUGGCUGCAUUACUUUCAAGAUUGUUUAACUUAAUAUUAGUAGUAGACAUUCAACCAUUGAAUAUCAAAGGUCACGUGCAACAAGUAUGAAAAUCAAAGCUCUUGUGUAACAACCUGUCAGUCUGUAAUGUUGAGUAUUAAAGCUGACUUGUAAUAAGUACUCUCAUUGGUCUGUGUUUUU